ACAGGUGAUGUUUAACAAAUGGAAGCCCUUCUGGGUGAUAUUGCUGGAAGAUGGGAUUGAAUACUACAAGAAAAAAACUGAUACCAGUCCCAAGGGAAUGAUUCCACUGAAAGGAUCUGUCAUUGUUAACCACUGCCAGGAAUUCAACAAAAGACUGCUUGUCUUCAAGAUGACCACUUCUAAACAGCAGGAUCACUAUUUCCAAGCCUCCCACUUUGAAGAACGUGAUGCUUGGGUGAAAGAUCUAAAAAAGGCAUCAAAAUGUAUUCAAGAAGGACAGAAGUUUGCUAGAAAAUCCACAAGGCGUUCCAUCAGAUUACCAAGC